AAAGCAAUAGCUCUCUGCAUGCUUGCGUGCUCACGCUCGUGUGCAUACAGGUGUGCACAGCUGUCAAUUGCCACGUGCAAUGCGUAGGUAGCGUGCGUGCAUUCUCGCGUGCCUGCAUGCUUGCGUGAGCCUGCAUCUUAUAACAGUAUUCUGUAAUCGUUAAGAUUUUACCAUCGCAAGCACAUCAAAGUACAUGAGAAAAAUUCUGUAAUACUGCGAAAUCCUCGAAAUACCCCCUUUUUGACAUUAAAAUUAUGCAUCAUGCUGUACUUUCUUCAUGACAAUUUCACUGCACGAAAAAAGGAAACCUUGCAAGAACAAUGUAGCUGGAAUUUUAAACGACCCCAAUUUUCAAUUCUAAUUCCUCGAAAGAAAAGAAGAGAUUAUAAUGGCAGGUACAAUCGAAAAGGUCGCACGUACAAUGCCCUUUAUCUUAAACUCCCUCCUUAACUUCACUCAUUCGAUGACGGAUAUUUAGUCUUAUAAAAAUUGAAACACGUAAACCGUGUAAAAUAUAAAAUUAAUGAUUAUUUAAUAAAAAUGAAAACAGAUAGACCAUGGUCUAACCCGUGCGUCUAAUAAUAAGCGGUAAGGUGUCGAGGGAGCGAAUUGACCUGAAAGCGUAAGAGUACAAAACACUACGGUCAAUAGUCGUCAGAAGGGAUAAUUACCCUUCGUCCCUUUGAGGUUCUAACACGAAGUUUCUUUUUCUUCGUUUACCAAACGACCGAUCAUAAUACAGGGGUACCAUUGUCUGGCUUUCGUACAAAAUCACAGUUCACUGCAUUUCCAUUUCAUUUGUGAUUUCCUAGGUGUAACGUACACUCCUCGGUGUCCAGAAAGCGAGUAGUGAUUCAAAGUGACAGAGUAUUUCUGUCCGGUGGUGAUAGCAAGAGCGAAGUGUCAGUAAUCAUGCCGAAGGAAAAUAAAAGCACAAGCAGAAGAAACAGGCGUCAGUGCUCGGAAGUCGAUAACGAAGCUGAGGCGUCCAGUGUACGAGACUCGUUGAAAACCGUGACCAGCAAUAAGCGGUACAGCCCGUUCCCACGAGAAAUACCAAGAAAAGAUUUGAAAACGAAACAAGAAAACAUGAUGCCAUCGAUCGAGGUUCUUCAUUCGAUGAGCGGAGGCAUCAUCGAGAGUGGUAUCAAAUACAUUCUCUUCCCUCUGCAUCUUUUACGUUUCUGUAUAUUUGGAACGAGCACGAAACCAAUCGCGUCCGAAAAGCCCGCAGAACCGAGCAGCAAACGCGAUGAAGCAGAAAAAGAAGAGAAGAAAAUAAAGGAGCGUGAAGAAAAGAAGACGCCGAGAGAAGCUACCAGUGUCAAGUCUUCGGAAAAGUCUGGUAGAUCCAAGUCUGAUCGCGAUUUGGUGGAUGAAAGAAAAGACGCAGUAUCAUGUGUGAAAAAUUCGAAAGAAAAGAGAAGCCGUGACAAGGAUGAAUCCGCUGACGAAAUGGUAACUGCUGAAGAAGAUUCUGAUUCCUCUGGUGAACAAUGGAGCACCGCGAAUAACAUAAUGACAAUGAACAUGUCGAUAGAUUACGAUAAUCUCGAUAGAACUAUGUCGCACAGGGCGUCGGAAGAACCUAUGGAUGUAUCAAUGGAGGAGCUACAUUAUGACAAGACGCAUAUCCCGCUGAACCUACCGCGGGAUUAUCGAGCGACUGAAAAACAAUUUCAAAAUAACAAAGAAAAUAUAGCUUCGAAGAUGAACGUCGAGGAGCAAGAUAGCAAUUCAUCCGUGGAUGAUGAAAUUUCCCGGAUCUUUCAAAAGCAAUGCACCUCCUCGGAGGACGAGUUUACUUCCUCGUUUGUUAAAUCGUCCUCUUUCAAACGCGAGAAAACGAUGCAGAAUAAUUUUCUUUAUUACAAGACCAAUUCCACGGUUGCGAUUCAUUCGAAGAAAAAGCCAGAGGGUAACGCGAAGGAGCAUAAGAAGAAACAACCGUCGGAUUUUAGCAUUGAUAGUAAAAGAAGGAAAGUGUCUCACGAAGAAGAUAAAAAUGAGAAAGAAAGCGAACGCAGGAGUGGAAAUAAAGUUCGCGAAGAAAAACGAAGCUCUCGGCACGACACUCCGAGUAAACAUGAAUCGCGAACUUCGAGGACAACGGCGAAGAAUAAAGAAACGAAACGGAAUGAUGUGAAAUAUAAAGAAAUAGCCACGCAAACGGACAGCGCAUUUUCGGACGAUGAUGUUGAAAUGACUCCCAUUGACGCGAAACUUUGCAACAAACGUACAAGUCGCAGGUUGCACUUUAAUAUUAUGAAGGAUAAAAACGUGGAACAAGAAUUGAAUUACGUAGCAGACAAUGAAGACUCCAACGAUGGAUUGCCGAAAAUUAUACGUAAACGAAUAUCACGUUCCAGUACAUCAUCGUCGUCGACGGAUCUUGGUUUUGACGAGCGUGCGUUAACAACCCCAGAUAUGGAUAUCGUGAUUGGACGAUCGCGUACGAACUCAUUGGAUAAUACGAAUAAUUUUCGAACGCGUUCUCGUCCUCCGCCUGGCUUUCCGGAAUUACCUCAGAAUCCACCGUUAUUGCCUUACAUCGGUAACAGUUCCAAACAUUAUAUUGUGCCACGACCAAACCCCGAUUGUCCUAACUGUUCGAUUGUACCGCCAGCACCUUCGCCUAUGAGACAUCUCUAUUAUGACUAUCCUGAAUUUAUGGACUUACCUGUCAAUCUUAGUUCUUCGAAGAUCUUAAAUAAUAUUUUGAGGAACAACUACUACCGGUGAUAUUGUUAUACUAGAAAAAAAGAAAAAGAAUAUACAUUUAUAAAAGCACAUGUUUGUACAGAAAGUAACAUGAAUAAAAAUUUGUUAUG